AUGGCGGAUGCUAACCCAAAACCUCUCCCUCUUGACGGAGGCGAUCCACCCAACGAGAGUAACAAGACCGUCUCCGACUCCGCAUCCGCCAUUGCCGCCGGUGGUUCUCCUCCAAGCAAACACCCAAACGAAAGUUCAGAUUCUAACGAAAACGAAAUUGAAGACACUGCUACAAGCAAACCGAAGAACGAAGAAAUCAAAGAGGUUGAAAUCGACAACAUUGACAUAAUGAAUGAGAUUCUUGAGUAUCGAAAUCGGAAAGGAGGGUGUCCGGGUAAUAACCCCGACGAUUUCCGAAGAUUCUGCUAUCCUUACAUUUUUCUGGGCAUUGGGAACGCAAGAGGAUGGAUCAAGAAAAUGAAAGAGAUUAAGAACAAAUUCAACAGAGAGAGUGCUCCAACGGAGGAAGUUGAUAAGAAUGAAUUCGAUUUGUGGAAAAAGAUUUGGGGGAAUGAAUGA